GAACUUGGUGAGUGCUUAUAUAAAAAAGCAACCCAGCACAAGGCCCGGCAUCAAGACAACCACCACAAAAUCAUGAAGACCUCAUCUCUUCCUGUCCUCGUCCUCCUCGCGGCAUCCGCCGCCUCCGUGGCAGGCGACUGCAGGGUUCACCUUCCGGUAUCGGGCUUCCCCGCUUGGAUUAACGGCACCUGCAUCGACAACCCCACACCUGGACAGCCCGGCUCGUACUUCCUCGCCCAAAAGGGGAAUGAGUACGUGCUGCACAAGUGUUCGCAGAAUUGCACCACCUGCGAAACCAAGGAUAUGUAUUUCGAUUGCUCUAUCAAUGCUGAUGUACUUCAGCAAGUGCAUAAUAUUACGCAAGCGCCUGUAUGGGACAGCAGCAGCGGGGCGCGACAAGUCGGCGUGGGUUCCUUUUGGGUGGGGACGGGUUUGAUCGUUGCUGGGUUGUUCACACUCUGAUUUUUAGAUAAGUCUGUAGAAUAGAUACAAUCUAGAAGAAGAACUGUAGGAGUAGACAAUAUAGCCGAUCUAGAACCUUGUAAUCUAUUUUAACAAAGAUAUAGAAGCCGGA